CGAGAUCUGACAGCGUUGCUAUAGUAACUGUAUGACGCCAUCACUAUGUUUUGGGCUGUAGUUAUUCUGCUUGACAUUUCUUAGCGUUUUAAUUUUGACCAUGAAACAUAAGUAAUCUAUCAGCUCAGGACAUUUUAUAACUUACUAAAUUUAUAUAUAUAUAUAUAUAUAUAUAUAUAUAUAUAAACAUAUAUAUAUAGAUGAGGGUAUUAUGCUUGUUGGUCUUAUCAAAAACUAAAAAUACACGAAAACCGCAGCAACCUUAAGUAUAAACAUUUUUGAAAGAUAUUGUUUAAAUCAAUGUGUAUGAAAAAUGAUGAUGGAAAUUCUCCUGUCAUGUGGAAUGACUACUGAAUUCAUUUGGAAAAUAUAAUGCUUUCAACAUUUUUAUGUCAAUGUCAUGUUUAAUGGCAAAAGAAGAAGCCUUCUUUUUGAAAGUGAAUGUACUGAAACAAAACAGUCUAUCAUUCAGACACUUUUAAAUUUCAGCUUUCAAGAAAGCCAACACCACUUUGAUAAUGAUUCUGUUAAUGCUGAUAAUGUGAAUGGAAUUACUGAUGGUUGGAAAAAAUUCACCUCAAUAUAUUUGCCUGAACCAAAAAAUACAACAAGGCUUAAGAAAAAGUUCAAUGGACAAUCUCGUAGUUUAGGCUGUUUCGGUAAUUACCGUUAUGAUCGUAAAAGAAUGAAACUAUUAUUCACAGAUAAUUUAAAAUUGAUAUAUAAUUCAGAGAGUUAUGAAUAUAUUCCUUUGAAUGGAGUUUAUCAGGUUUCAAAAUCUGCCGAAGCAUUUUCUGAUGCACUAAACUGUAAGAGAGGUAAUUUUGGAAAACGCAUUCUUCUUCCUUUGAAUGAGCCAGUUUCCUCACAAAAAGAUGUUAAUUUAGUUGAGGAAAAUACUAAUAAAUCAUGUCUCAGCUUAUCACCGGAGACUGAAAAUAAUUUUCAGUCACCAAAAAUUAAAAAUGUAUCAUCUUCAGCUUCACUUUCUGAUUUGAGAAUUGGUGUUGAUAAUCCAUUUACUCUGCUGAAAAAAACUUUGAAUAAGAAUCAGUUUCCAAAAAGUAAAAGUGCUGACAUCAAAGGAAAAAGUACAUAUUCAACAAUUUUUGAAAAAUUUAAAGAAAUGUUCUUUGAUGAAUUAGUUCCGAGAGAACAGCAGAUAAGUAAAAAUAUUUACUACAACUCGGUUGUAUACCCUCAAUUCAAGUAUCCAGAUUUGGUUCCAUCUGUUCAACUGAAAUCAGUGAUGCAAGAAAGGAAAUGCCAUGAAAGCUCUCAACUUUCUAAAAACAGUGACCACCCUCCUGUCUCAAGCACCUCUCAAACAAAUUCUAAUGCUAACUCUUACAAUAUUACCUCAUCACUCAAAACAAAAAGCCUCCAAACAUCAAAGAAAGGAAACAAGGCUGUCCCUGUUAAUGAAACAAGUAAGAAUUUAAACUCCAGACAUAAUAAUUAUAACGUUGUUAUACAGCCAGAUGUGCUUUGUAAGCAACAAUCUGACACUCUGACUGAAGAGGUUUUACCAGAAAUUUUUGGGAAAAAGAUCAAAGCUAGCCCCAGUAUACAUCGGUGGUUAUAAAUUCAGUUUAUUGGCAAUAGGUAGUAUGUGUUAGGAAAAUAAAAUUUUAAUGUUUAUCAAA